AUCAUUAUAUUUAUUUUAUCAACUGGACAGACUGUCGGGUAUUUACGAAAUCCCCAUCCCACAAAACCCAUCACAAGCGGCGGCAGUUGGCGGCAGUUCCAGCAUGGACUGGCUAAAGAAGAAAACGAAGGAAGUGACGUCCAAGGUCGCGAAGAUCCAGAAAGACCAGAAGGUCAAGGGACAGACCUUUUCCGGCACAGGACACUCCAUGCAGACUCCAUCGGCGGCACCACCGCCGCCUCCUUCUCGACAGGCGCCCCCAAGGCCUGCAUCCGCCGACUCUAACUUGUCUGAGGACGAGCGCAUGCUUCGUCGGCAGCAACAGGCGGAAGCAGCGGCCAAGCGCGGUGUGCCGCCACCUAAGAAACGUCCCGCGAAUGUCGACAGCUCCGUGACACGACCAGACAAUGCAUUUGAAGAUGACUCGUCGACGUCGGAAGCGUUCGAACAAGCCAAAGCAUUUGAAAAACUGCGGAUUGCCGAAGCAGGAUACAAUCCGUAUGUACGCCCGUCCAUCAUCUACCGCCGCCCCUUCCUUCCAAGGGUCCUGAAAUGUGUGUGUCCUAGGUAUGAGGCGACGAUCAGCUCAUCGACCGCGGCGCGGUCUGCCGCCGUGAUCACAGCGCAGACAUCUCCAUCCCGACCCACAUCAAGGGACGUCCCAUCCCCGUCGAAACAACGUCCUUCGUCGCCGUCGCUCCCACCGGCCACCGCCGCGACCAUGCACAAGAUCCUUCAAAACAUACUGGACCACCCCGAAGACGAAAAGUUCCACAAGUUGCGGCUGUCAAAUGGCGCGAUCCAAGCCAAGAUCGCAUGUGUCCCGGAAGCAUUGGCGUUUUUGCAUGAGAUUGGCUUUGAUGCAGUUGUGUUGGAUGACCAUGAAGAGUACUUGGUGUUGAAUGCCACGCGAACGUCCACGGACACGUUGGCGGCGGCCGUGGCGCGGCUUCAAAAUGGGACCUCGACCUAACCUUAUAUGGAGAACAACAGUGUCCACAUACAGCAUUAUUGAGGAUAUGGUGCAACAUAUAAAGUCUUGCAGUUUUUGAGCGGGGGACACAGACUGCAUAUAUCAGAUAUCGAGGGUUCAACCAGAGUUGAAAGCAUUAAAAUAUCCGACCGCUUGGCUUUCCGUGACUAUGGCGCCGACACUCCAAGGCCGCCGGCGUGACGAACAACGACCUGGGGAUGAUGAUCCACGGUUACGACGACAUGGACGAAGGUGGGGCCACGGGCGCCAACUUGCCCACGCGCACAUGCGAUCGCGUCGAGUACUUGUCCGUGACAGCUCGUGUUUUCUCUGGGUCGGUCAGCGACACUUGGUACUCGGCGUCGUGGAUCUUGUACAGAUGCGCCACGCAAUCCACGACUUGCACGGCGUUGUACUUCGUGUAAUAGUGCAACGUUGGCGUCUAACCACUGGUUGUUAGAGCAACGAGUGUAUGGAGAUGACAACAAUAUACCCAUGGACAUUUUUCGUCGGUCACGAGGCGAGUCAUGUACACGACUGCCGCUGCCAAAAUGGACGGUGGGUACGAUAUCGUGAUGGAAUAGUCGACGACAGCAAGUUCAGUCAAGUACUAUAUCAUGGAUAGAGGUGAAUUGGGGAAUGGAAAGAAUGUAUGUGGG